AUCACUGAAUUAUGUUUAUACAUUUUUUAUCAAAACUACUGGCAAGCACGGUUUGUUUUUUGAUAAUUAUACAUUCAUUAUAUCGCUAUAGCAAUACCGACAUGUUCAAGGUCGCAAAUAAUGACGUUACAGUUUCGCGUAGUGAGAUAGGGAUUAAUCGCUCUACUACUGUCAUCGGACACUGUUCUGUUUCCUUUCGCUCUGCAACAAUGACUGCUGACAAAAUAGUAAAGCUCGACCAAUUGUUAAACGGUUACAUUGGCGAUUCCAAAUCCAUCAUUGAUACUAAAAUAUCAAGAUUAAUCGGACCUGGUGAAAACUACGGAAGUCUUCUGUUGAAGGUUGACAUAACCUUAGAAAAUAAAAAGGAUAAUUCUCGAGAGGAACUACACACGGUUGCCAAACUCAUACCGGAAGAUGAAUCACUACAAAAAAAGUUCAAUAUUCAAGUGACUUGUAAAAUGGAGAUUAGUUUCUACGACACAAUCGUGCCGACGCUUCAGCGGUUCCAGAGGGAAAAGGGUGUACAGCAAGUGAUGGACUUAUUCCCCAAGAUGUACGGAGCCAGGAUAAAUUUGAACGGAAGCGACACAGUCGACCAAGAUGCGGUAUUGCUGUUAGAAAAUUUAAUAGAAACAGGUUACAAGAACGUGGAUCGUUUCGAAAGCUUCGACCUGCCGACAGUCAAAGUCGUCCUCAAAGACCUGGCAGUAUUCCACGCCGUUCCCCUAGCCCUGAAACUUUUAGAACCCGAAACUUUUCAGUCCAAAAUUCGACGGUACUUAGUGGACUACCACCCACCGCCACAUGAUCCAGACGGCAAAAAAUUCGCCCAUUCCUACGAAAUAGUUUUCAACAUUUUGGAGGAAGAUGAGGAGUGUAGAUCUCUGGUUCCUCUACUCCGAGAGAAACGCAAACUGAGGCUGGACAUUCACCAAAACGAACCGUGGGCCACAAUGGGCCAUGGUGACUUCUGGAUCAACAACACCAUGGUGAAGUUCGAAGAAGGUAGAUCAAUAGCCAAUAAAAUGGUAGACUUUCAGUUUCCUAGAUACGUCUCGCCGGCCAUAGAUUUGUUCUUCUUGUUGUGGUCUAGCGUGAAAUUGAACGUUCUGGAUGAACACUUUGACAACCUAGUGCGAUUUUACCACGAGAACUUCAUUAAACAACUCGAAGAGCUCCAUUGCGAUACCUCUCCUUUCACUCUAGAACGAUUCCUGGAGGAAUUGAGGUUGGUAGCGGAUACCGAAAUGAUGCACAUCUUGUUUUUCACAAUUUUCAUCAUUUUUGCUAAAAAGAAGGAGUCGGGACAUAAUAAGAUGCCACAUGAAUUAGAACCAGAAGAUGUUAGCGAAAUAGGCAAGGAAAGGAUAAUCCAUUUCAUCAAAGUUUGCAAAAGGAAAGGAUGGUUAUAAUAUAAAAUGUAUUAAUACAUGUUAAACGAAUAUCAAAUAUUAUUAAACCCUUGUCAAUU